UGCGUGCCCGCGCUCCCCUCACAGUGAACCCGCACGACAGCGCGUUACCUAUUGGUUGUGUACAGACCAUGGUACAGACAUGGCCGCUCUCAGUAAAAUACCGCACAGCUGCUACGAGAUCGGUCAUACUUGGAACCCGUCGUGUGUGCAGUCGGCUGUGGAUGUAGCCAGGGGUGCUCUGGAGGUCUCCUUUAAAAUCUACGCCCCUCUUUACCUGAUAGCAGCAGUUCUAAGGAGAAGGAAGAAGGAUUACUAUUUAAAAAAGCUUCUCCCAGAGAUCCUGUGGUCUACUUCUUUCCUCGCUACCAAUGGAAGUCUUUACAUUGUUUUCUUCUGCAUUCUCAGGAAACUGUUUGGAGGGUUCUACUCCUGGUCUGCCGGGUUUGGCUCAGCACUGCCUGCCUCCUAUAUUGCCAUCCUCCUGGAGCGCAAGAGCAGGAGAGGGCUGCUGACAAUAUACAUGGCAAAUCUCGCCACUGAGACUUUGUUCCGUAUGGCAGUGACACGAGGCAUCAUCAAACCCAUCACACACGGCGAGGUGCUCUUGUUCUGCAUAACCGCAAUGCUCUACACGUUCUUCUUCAGGUCAAAUUCUUACAGUAAAAUGAGUAAAGAUGGUCUCAAAGGCUUUGCAUUCUCUGCAUUAAAGUUCAUCAUUGGAAAAGAAGAGAUUCCAACUCACUCUGUUGUGGCAGAACAGAUCUGCACGAGACCCCUUGAGAGGACAGCUUCUACAGAGACCGAGGAUUCACAGGCGUCGGCAGAAAGGCCCAGCUCCAGUAGGAAAACUCUGGUAGCCCACACAAGAGAACUGCUAGAGUCAAUAUGCAAAAAGGGUCCAAGGCACAGAUGUUGUAAACAUUACCAAGACAACUGCAUUUCCUACUGUGUGAAAGGUUUUGUCAGGAUGUUCAGUGUUGGCUACCUGAUUCAGUGUUGUCUUAAAGUGCCUUCAGCAUUUAGGCACAUGUUUACGAAACCCUCACGGCUCCCCGCCCUAUUCUACAACAAGGAGAACUUCCAACUCGGAGCCUUUCUUGGAUCUUUUGUCAGUAUCUACAAGGGAACAAGCUGCUUGCUGCGCUGGCUGCGCAACAUUGAUGAUGAACUCCAUGCACUGAUAGCUGGCUUCCUGGCUGGUAUUUCGAUGUUCUUCUACAAAAGCACGACAAUAUCCAUGUAUCUCUUCUCGAAGCUGGUGGAGACCAUAUACUUCAAAGGCAUUGAGGCCGGACGGUUCCCUUACUUUCCUCAUGCAGACACGGUGAUAUAUGCCAUCUCCACCGCUAUCUGUUUCCAAGCUGCUGUGAUGGAAGUGCAGAACCUCAGGCCUACAUACUGGAAGUUCCUGCUGCGUUUAACUAAGGGCAGGUUUGCUCUGAUGAACCGACAGUUGCUCGAUUUUUUUGGGACUCAAGCCUCCAGGGACUUUAAAGGCUUUGUGCCCAAACUGGACCCUCGUUACACCACGGUGCUACCACCAGGAGUCGACAUCCAACUCGGUUGACUUGGGACCAGGCUGUGGGAGAGGCUUUUAGGGUUACCUCAACAAGAAAUGGACAGUUUGGCUGUUAUUUCUGAAUAACUUAAGGAUUUGUUAGAGAUGUUAUAACAGCUCAGAAGCGUUGAUGUCGUGUUAUGAGAUGGGAUAAAGCCCGAGAUCUGUCCAAAGCAGGGCAUCAUGAGUGUCAAGUUUGGUGCUGCACAAGCACAUUUACUGACUGGCAUUGUAUGAAAACAGGUAACUUGUAAAAUAAAUGAAACACAUUUUACAUAUA